GCAGUCCUCUAACCGCAGAGCCGAUCCGGAGGAGUAGCUGUCAUCUCUCACCCAGCUGGGUUGCUGCUGCCGCCGCAGCCAGAUUCCGGAGGCGAAGCACCCGAAGCCGUGGAACAUGGACGUGAACCUCGCCCCGCUGCGCGCCUGGGACGAUUUCUUCCCCGGGUCUGAUCGCUUCGCUCGACCGGACUUCAGGGACAUUUCCAAAUGGAACAACCGCGUAGUGAGCAAUCUGCUCUAUUACCAGACCAACUACCUGGUAGUGGCUGCCAUGAUGAUUUCGGUGGUGGGGUUUCUGAGCCCCUUCAACAUGAUCCUUGGAGGAAUUGUGGUGGUGCUGGUGUUCACGGGGUUCGUGUGGGCAGCCCACAAUAAAGACAUCCUCCGCCGGAUGAAGAAGCAGUACCCCACGACGUUUGUGAUGGUGGUCAUGUUGGCCAGCUACUUUCUCAUAUCCAUGUUUGGGGGAGUCAUGGUCUUUGUGUUUGGCAUCACUUUUCCUUUGUUGUUGAUGUUUAUCCAUGCAUCUUUGAGACUUCGGAACCUCAAGAACAAGCUGGAGAAUAAAAUGGAGGGAAUAGGUUUGAAGAGAACACCCAUGGGCAUUAUCCUGGAUGCCUUGGAACAGCAGGAAGAGAGCAUCACCAAACUCACUGACUAUAUCAGCAAAGUGAAGGAGUAAACACAGCAGAUCUGGUGUCAGGGGCACAGCAGGAACUGAGCUGCACUUUGCCCUUGUUCAAACCUAUUUCCCGUUUGUGUUCUUUAAAUAGGAGGUGCACGUUUCGCCACCCAACUAUCUAAGGCAGCAUGCAUGUUCAGGCCCACCUAUUAAGAUCUCUGAUAUGACCCAAGGAAGGCCUCAGAAACUGCAACAAUAAACCCAUUCUCCUAUUGUGUCUGAAAUUCCCAGUGUGUUAUGAAAGAGAAUUAUAGAUUCUUCAGCAACAAUACUACAAUCUUGUAGGGGAAAAAAAAUCAUUGUAGAAUCAGGAGACAAUAUUGAAUAAAUGAAAAUCAGCCAAAGUAGAUGAUAUCAUGUGUCAGCCUCUUUCUAAUUCUGUCUGACACCCCCUCUGAAAUUCCCUGCCUGUAAUGUGUGGGGUAAAAGUUAGUUUAGUGGUAUUACUAUUAUUUUUCAAACAGAGGUGAUCUCUGUCACUUUGCCAUCUGUUUGACAUGCAGUGGGAACUAGACAAGCCAGUUGUUUGUAUUUUGUUUACAAAUAUGAAGAUAGCUGUUUAGGACAAUAUUUUGUUAAAUUUUUGUAAAUUUUUAAAAGGAUAGUAAUGUGUUUUCACCAACAGGUGUUUGUUGCAAACUAAAUGUCAUCUUCCUUAGGGAGGUUAUGACUAUAUAAUCUCUGUUACUCUUGACUUGUUAAAAAAUACAAAAUAAAAUAAAAAUAAAACCAAAUGA